AUGAGUUCCGGAAGCGAGGCCACCGUGAUAAAUCCAGAGAACGAGCCCGCCACGCCCCCAGCGCAAGAAUUUGCGUUGAACCUCAGACACCCCGUUCAAAAGGAUGCGGUGCAAUACGACUAUUCCAAAGACCUACAGACGUGGGUAAUGGGCCUCAUAGCUAUUGUCGAGGUCGAAGAGAUCGAUUCUCUCCGUCGAAUCGGAUCCGUGGAUAAGGCUGACCUCUCUGCCCAAGUUGAGUUGAGUGACGAGGCUUCAAUCUGUAACGAUACCGACUCCUGGAACGAGCCAGCGUUUUACCACUACGAGGUCGAAUGGAAGCACGAAGAGGAAGCCUCCAGCUACGGCGCUGAUAUAUGUGACGAAGCCGAGACCAUCGUUUCCACAGGCGACGAAACGGACUUCAAGGACCGCGUUGCAACGGGUAUCAUAGUAAAAGCUGUGUACGAAAAGGGUGAUAGCGAUAUGGUGAAUUGCGGACUCGAUUUAGACGGCGCAGACGAUAGAUCACAACGCUUGGCAGUCACAGCUCUGAGGUGGAUCAAGGCUAAUGUUCUUGCGUGUCUUCCAUCCUCCCACAGACGCACAUCUCCAACGCUGCCUGCCUCAACACCGAAGGCCCCAGUGUCGAUCGAUUUGACGUGGCGAAAACAAUACUGA